AUGGAACACUCACCAUUUUCCAAUUUGGACUCCUCGGAAGCAUCGUCAUCCUCGGCCGACGACCUCAUCCUGGCGUCGAGCCGGCCCAAGAAACGGGCCGGGAGGAAGAAGUUCCGGGAGACACGCCACCCCGUGUACCGUGGUGUACGGUUGAGGAACGCCGGAAAGUGGGUUUGCGAGCUCCGGGAGCCCACCGAGCAGCGCCGGGUGUGGCUCGGGACGUACCCUACUCCCGAGAUGGCCGCGCGGGCCCACGACGUGGCGGCCCUGGCCCUGAGGGGCCGGGCGGCCUGCCUCAACUUCGCCGACUCCGUUUGGCGGCUGCCGGUGCCGACGUCGACUGAUGCCCGGGAGCUGAGGAGGUGCGCAGCCGAGGCCGCCGAGGCUUUCCGGGGGGAAGCUCCGGGGCCGGCAGAAAGGCCGGAGAGCUACUCGGGAGAGUAUGAUGUUAUGGCGGAGCUGGCGGAGGGGGCUUUGAUGUCGCCGCCGCCGUGCUUGGGGUGGAGGUUCAGUUGGGAUGAUGAAGUGGCGAGUGAUGUUCCUGCUGAUGUGGAACUGUGGAAUUUCUAA